UUGUAUUUACUGUGUCUGCUGCUCACCCCGCUGUAUAAAAGACGAGCACGAGAGCAAUGCAAGAACAGCCACAAGCAGUAAACAACGCAAGAGCUUUGCAGGUUGCGUCUGAAGCAAAGCCAGGGGAAAAGCUUGGACGUUGGAACAAGAGUCCCAAUCAAAGAGUACAAGAGAACAUGGCUCGUCUUCUCCUGCCCGUGUUCCUUUGCCUUGUGUCGGCGCCAUUUUUGGCAACCUCGCCGACGGCGUCGACGCACACGUGCCAGCUUGACCUUAUCAGCCUCGCGGUGGUCUCGUGCCAAGACUCGCCGCAGUCCCCUACUCCGUCGUGCUGCGACGCGCUCCUGUACGCGGUCGACUUGUUCCCUUCCUUUGAGCUAGACAGAGGCAUCUGCUGUCUAUGCAAGUUCAUGAUGACACGGGCUAUCCCGUUCGAUCUCCCUUCCGUCUACCGGUCUUGCCACGGCAAGGAUGCGUCCAUGGUCGGGGCAUGGCCUAUGCCCACACCGUCACUAGGUGACUGCAGCGGUCCUUGCUACGAGGAUGUACCUGCUCCCCCUGUGCCCCCCGGUAGAAGCGACGGCAGCAAGAAGCCGGUGAACACGCUAGGCUCAGGGGCCAUCAUCGCCAUAGCGGUCGGGGCCGUUGUGGUCGGCCUAUUGAUCGUCUACUGUUUGUGCAAGAAGCAUCGGGGAGGCAAGGCACGCGAGUCCCCUCGUCCUAGGGACGUUGAUUCUUCUCAAGGUACUGGUUUGGAGAUGGGGCGAAUCUCAUCGUCGAGAAACCUACUGUAGACGCGGCAUGCAUGAUAGUAUAUGGCAUACGUUUAUGAUGACGAGGGAGACAGUAUGCAUGUGUUUGUAUCCUGUGCUUUUAUUUCUAGUGGAGUUUAUAUCCUGACUGUGUACCGUAGAUUGUAUGGAGUUUUUAUCCCUGUUUGUGUGCCGACACAUGAGCAGCCCCAA